GGCCCCGCCCACAGAGGCAGGGCUGACGGAGCGCCGUUUCUUGGCGAACACUCGUAGCUGCGCUGCGCACCGGACGGUCCGCUGUUCGCCGGAGUUUGCCUGGAGCCUUUUUUCUUUGUUCGCCCGGUGAAGCGUCAGGAUGAAUGUCGGGAUCCCGGAGGGCUGCUUUCUGUCCGCCCUGCAGCCCAACUCCUCCUGCACCGCCUACGUGGUCCCCUCGGACGGCCCGUCUCCGGACCCGGUGGCGAAAGCUCGGAGGGUCCGGGAGCAGGUCCGGAUGCGGCUGGCUGAGAGGAAGUCGUCCUCCCUGAGCAGGCUGGAAGGAUCAACAGACCCUCCUGAGAUGAAGAGCUACGGCCACGCUCACGGUUUCAGCUCCAGAUCCAUGAUAAACACGCCGAGCCGCGUCAUGGCUGUGCCCACUGUGCCUCUUCCUGCCUCGGGGUUCUCGUCUCGCUCUGCUGUGGACACCACUUCCCGGCUGACCCACAAAGGUGGGGCCGUGGUCCACAGCAGCUCUCAGACCUCCCAGGUGUACAGCAGAAGCAGACGCUCUAAGUCGCUGACCCAGGGCGAGCACGAGGCACUUCCGGUCACUUCCUCCGGCCGUCUGGAGAACCCUUCGCUUACUCUCCCUGCGCCUCCACCAGGUACCCUGAGGCGCAGCCUCAGUGGUAUUCUGGCCCAGGAGAAAGGCUACUGGCAGGAGGAGGAGCUUCCACAGCAGUACACCUAUAAAGGCCCCCACCGCACCAUCAGCCGCAUCACCAACAGACAGCAGCACUACCAGCAGCAGCAGCAGAGCUCCAGCCUAGGCCAGGAGGGCUGGGUGGGGAACGGCAGGGGCAUCCCCACUGGGGGGGACGCCUGGGGAACACAGUGGCACCACCAGCAGCAACAACAGCAGCAACACGUGUCCAGGAGCUCCGGGACCAUGCACCGUGCCGCCUCGCUGCGCAGCCUGAGGAGUGUCGGGAAAGGAGUGGACGUCUUCGAUGGAGCGUCGAUCCACAGCAACGACCCGCUGGGAGAGAUGCAAAAUCUGGACAUGCCCACGGCUGUCAAGUAUCUGUCCGAGUCAGACGCUCACUUGCAGGUUGUUGGAGCUGCGUUCAUUCAGCAUCAGUGCUACCACAGCAGGGACGCCAAAAACCAGGUCCGAGUUCUGCAAGGUGUUCCAGCUCUGGUGCAACUUUUCUCCAGCGACAACCAGGAAGUGAAGCGUUACGCUACUGCCGCCACGAGGAACCUCAUCUACGAGAGCGCCGAGAACAAGGUGGCUCUCAUCGACGCCGGCGGGCUGACACCUCUCGUUAGCCUCCUGAACGAACCUGACGAGGAGCUGCGAAAGACCAUCACAGGCGUCCUGUGGAAUCUGUCCUCCAGAGAUAACCUGAAGGAGAAGCUGUCCCGGGAGGCGUUACCUGUGCUGACACAGAAAGUUCUGAUUCCUCUGUGCAGGAGCAUCCCGCUAAGUCCAUCAGAGAGAGACAUCUUUAACAGCACCACCGGCUGCCUCAGGAACCUGAGCUCCGUGAACGAGAGAACGAGGCAGAAGAUGAGAGAAAUGCCCGGCCUCGUGGACUCUCUGGUGACCUACAUCCAGCAGGAAGAACAGGCCGACGAGAAGGGUUUGGAGAACUCCCUGUGCGUGAUGAGAAAUCUGUCCUAUCAGCUGUACUCGGAGCUUCCCCCCUCAGUCCAGCUCCGCCUCGAAGGCCCAUCGAGAGCUUCUGCCAACAGAGAGAUCGAGACCAUCGGCUGCUUCACUCUGCACAGCAAGAAGAACGUGGAGCAGCAUCACCAGAACCUGCCCACCCUCUCUCAGCCUAAAGGGUCCGAGUGGCUGUGGCACCCGAAGGUUGUGGGGCUCUACAAGCUCAUCCUGCAGAACAGCGACUACAGUUCCUGCAGCCGCGAGGCCGCCAUCGGAGCCCUGCAGAACAUCACCGUGGGAGAUGCCAGGUGGGCGUCCGUGCUGUGCAUGGUGAUUAUAGAGAAGGAGCGGAUGCUUCCCGUCCUCCUGGACCUGCUGGACACCAACAGCGACACGGAGCUCAGGCCUCUGAGCGGCCUGCUGAGGAAUCUGACCCGACACGCCAACGACAAACAGCACAUGGCUAAGAACAUGGUGGGGCUUCUGGUGUCCAAGCUGCCUGCAGACGGCCUGCAGAAAACGCCAUCCAGCGACGUGGUGGUCAACCUCUGCGGAGCCCUCAACCACCUGGUCACCUGCAGCUCCUCAGCAGCCCGCGACGUCUGUCACUUCAACGGCAUCCCCAAACUUGUGGGCAUCAAGACGUCCCACGACAGCAGCUCCGGGAGUCAAAAAGCUGCCCGAGCAGCCUCGACCGUCCUCUGCAACAUGUUCCAGUACAAGAAGCUGCACAGAGACUACAGACUGAAAGGAUUCGGCAAACGAGACUUCGCAGACGGAUCCUUCUAGGCUCAGCGUUUGACCUCGGGACCAAGACGAAGUUGACCGAACUCGUUAUGUGACUGCGACCGACUUCCAGGAAGGCGAUAGCGACCCGGAGCUGUGUGUUUGUGUUGGCUCAGCCACAGAGAGUCUGACGGGAAGCUCGCGUGUUUUCCGGCAGCGACACGGACUUUAACACAUCAGAGUCCGACUCCACGCGCUUGGACGUGUUCACGUUACGUGCUCGUAGAGUUUAGCUUUGUUUGACGAUGCGUUCACUUACCGUUGUAAAUACUGAUGCACACGUGUACCUUUUAGGGUGUGUUCACAUCAAACAUGAAGGUUUCACCUCGCGUGACUGCAGUCACCGUGGAAACCGGAGCAUUCGCCCCUGUGAUGCUGAUGGUUCAGUCAGCAUCCAUGUGGCGCUGGAGGAGAAGCCCGGCUCUGCAGUUCCUGCUGGAGGAUUUUGGCCCGUGUGAAGGCAGAUUCGCCCCCAUUUGUAUUGCCCAGCAUGAACUUGCCUCAUUGCAUGAACUUUGUAUGUAAUCACACUCCACGUUUGUUGUGAACACACCGUUGAAGACCUGCAGGCCACCGCUCACUCAUUAUUUUUUUAAUCCAAAGGUCAGAGGUCAGAUCUUCAGACUCCAACGAUGUCUCACAGGUGCGUUCUGGCAGGUGAGUUAAAGGAGGAUUCGGUUUAGUUUAGCCUGACUUGUUUCCGUGGGCGGCGGCUGUCGGGAUGACUUUGUCAGAAAGCUGUGAGCGGAUCACGCGCUGUGAGCGGAUCACGCACUGUGAGCGGAUCACGCACUGUGAGCGGAUCACGCGCUGUUCACUCACCGAUUUCUGCAACUUCUGCUUUUCACAGCAGAGGUGUGAGUUGAGUUUGUCACAGUGAAAGGGAAGCACUGAGGGUCAAAAUGUAGACGUGACGAUUUCAUGUUUAGGAACAUUUUCUAACAAUAACUGUUAAUAAAAGGCAAACUAAUAAAACUGAAGUGAAUACUUUAACUCCUGUAUCUGAAAUGAAGAUUAACAACGAUUGCUGAUUGGUUCGUUGGUUUGUAAACCAUCAACGAACAAAUGCAUGGAUGUUUCUAAACUGUGUCAAUAAAUACUGUGCAUUAACA